AUGGUGAGUGGUUUAGAGGAAGAAAAGAAAGAGGAGCUGGAGGAAGAGGUGGAAGAAGAGGAUGAAGCUAGGGAAAAGCGAGAGAGACAGAAAGACUCAAAUCAUCUAUAUGGACGCGUAGAUGUGAAUCAUCCACAGAUCAAGAAAGAAGAGGAGGAUGAAGAGCAGGACGAGAAGAGGGAGUCUGAGCAGCAGAGACAGGACAUCCCAGGGGAAGAGGAGGAAGGUAAAGAGGACAAUGAGGAGAGGGAUGAGGAGAGCUGUCCUGCCCCAGCCUACGCCUGCACCUGUACCUCCGACAUCCCCGGUGCUCCUGGCCCAGUUGGUCCUGUUGGUAAGCCUGGUCCUCGUGGCGAGAAAGGCAAGAAGGGGGAGCAAGGCGAAAAGGGGGAGAUGGGUCCUCCAGGAAGGCCGGGGUUUGAGGGGGGACUCGGGUCUGUGGGCAGCAGAGGUCCCAGAGGAAUGACCGUACAAGGCAAAGUGGGUCCUCCAGGUGCGAGAGGAGAAAAGGGAGAGCCCGGAAAACCAGGAAGUCAGGGUUCCCCUGGUCCUCCAGGUCCAAAAGGGGAAGCAGGGAUUCCAGGCCCCAAGGGCAUCAGGGGCGUUGAAGGUGGUAUUGGUGCACCAGGCAUGACUGGAUCCAGGGGUUUCCAAGGUAUGCCGGGACACCCGGGUCUUACAGGGGAGAGGGGGCCUCUGGGAUCCGUGGGGCCAACAGGUCUCCCAGGGAAUAAGGGGGAGAGAGGAGAGAAGGGAGAACCUCAGUCUAUGGCAAUGAUCCUCCAACUAGUCACACAAGCCUGUGAGCAGCUGGUGCAUAACGAGGUGCUGAAGCUGGACUUGUUCUUAAACGAGAUGAGUCGAAAGCCGGCCCCUAUUGUGGAGCCGGUUGGGCCCCCAGGAGAGCCUGGUAUCCCAGGAGCCAAGGGCCCGCCUGGCCCCAGGGGUGACCAGGGCCAACUCGGAGCGAGGGGAAGGCCCGGGAGGCCGGGAUACCCGGGAGAACAGGGGCGGAGAGGUGCGUCAGGGGAGAAAGGUGCCCCAGGGUCCAAUGUCCAAGGACCGCAGGGGGUCAAAGGAUUUACAGGUUCAUUGGGUGAGUCAAAGCUGGGAGACCCAGGUCCUAGAGGGGAACUUGGUAAACCAGGACCCCCCGGGAUCCCUGGGCCUGCUGGCCAGCCAGGCGAGAUCGGACCCCCGGGUAUAUGUGACAGUAGUGGUGGCUGCCAAAGGGGCCCCCAACAAAUAGAAGACCCUUAUUAUGGAUACCAACCUUAGUGUCUAUCAAGAAGCUUGUGAUGCUAAACCAAGCAUGGUAAGGUGCAGCUGCCACAUUGUUCCCCUCUGCCGUUGGAAGGGACAGGGGUUCCACUGGGGAUGAGGAGCAGACGUGGGCGGGGGGAGAUGAAGCACUAAGAAAGAAGAGGAAUGUCUGGUGUGUUGAACCUGCCGGCGACUGACGAGAGGCCUCACACACUCUGCCAUUCACGAAAAAGAAAAUGGAGGAAGGAACACACUAGAUCUUGUUUUUAUGAUGCUCUGCUUAGCAACAAACAUGUCUAACAACAGUAGUGGACUCUCAGACAUCAAAGUGGUUGUCUGUUAUUAUUAAUUAAGGAGCGUAAACCAUCCUCGCACUGAAGUGUUUUUAUUUGUUACUAUGUAUCUUAUUAAUUUUUCAUGCACUGCUACAUGUAUCGAUGACAAGUAGCGCAGUAUAGCUACCUUUACUUCAGAGCUACAGCCCUGUUUGUUUAUUUCAGUUUCAUUUUGAUUUUUUUGCUUUUCUAACCUUAAACUGCCUCAAGAACAACAAAAAUGCAAUGUCUGUGGUGUAAAUGCCCAUUUGUUCCAUGAUAUAAAUGAUACUGUGAGAAUGUCUGUUGGUAUCUGUGUAUGAUAAGUUGUAUAUUGUUGAUUAUAUUUACAUUAUACUGUAUGCAGUUAUCGCUCUCUUAUAUUUGCAUGUAUUCUCAGUGGUAAUCCAUGUUUACAUUUUCUGCCCUCUUUGGAUUUAGGUAACCAGCUUUAUGCAUCUGAACAUGUGUGUGUGUGUGUGUGUGUGUGUGUGUGUGUGUGUGUGUGUGUGUGUGUGUGUGUGUGUGUGUGUGUGUGUGUGUCUGUGUGUGUGUGUGUGUGUCUGUGUGUUUGAGGGCUGCGGGACUUUGUAUAUGCCUUUGUUUUUGUCAAUAAAAAUGUGUCUG